GGACUCAUGUUAUUCGCUCUUCUCACUGCUCUCAUCUGUGUCGCACUCUCUCGACCUGAUCGACUUGGACUGGUCAGAGCUUAUGUUCAAGAUGCUGGUCUGGACAGUUGGAUACAAUCAGAAAGGACCAUAGCGAGACAACGUAUAGGAAGGAAUAUAGGACCGAUCUUAGGUGCAGGAGAAGGUUUGAUAGUUGCUUCUCCUAGUUGGGGACAAUAUCAAGAUGAACCCGAUUAUUAUUACACUUGGACAAGAGAUGCCGCCUUGACCAUCUCAACCCUUCUCGCAGACUUCCUACCUACUCCAUAUUUGACACCGUGGAACUUCGCACCACAAAAGUAUAACAUGAGCGAAGGAGACGUACGUCUAGAACCGCUUUUGAGAGAGUACGUCAAUGGCCAAGCUUCUUUGCAAGUGGUCCAAAAUCCUUCUGGCAAUCUGUUCACUGGGGGACUAAGCGAACCCAAGUUCCAUGUCGAUGGGACGGCAUUCACCGGGGCUUGGGGAAGACCACAGAGAAGGGACGGCCCAGCACUUAGAGCCUUGGCGUUGAUACCUUAUGCUCACUAUCUUCUCGAUCGUGCAUGGCCCACGGAUAUCACUUACGUGCUCAAACAUCUAUGGGACCCUCACAGCUUACGUGAACAAGGUAGUGUAAUUAAGAAUGAUUUGGAGGAGGUAGGGGGAAGUUGGUCGAAAUCUGGUUUUGACCUAUGGGAAGAAUUAAACGGAUAUCACCUCUUCACUCUUCUCGUCUCUUACCGUGCUUUACAAGCAGGAAGUAUUCUCGCACGUCGAUUGAACGACACCGGUGCUGCAGAUUACUACAUUUCUCAAUCGAAAACUCUUGCAACUUAUCUCCCAGACUUUCUCACUCCUGAAUACUGGACUGCAAAUCUUCCAUCCAAUCACAUAUUCACCAACAAGUCCACCACCGGUACUCCAGCUAAAUCCCCGGAGAAAAGGUCUCUCGAGGUAAAAUCUAGAGGUUAUUUCCCUUUGAGACGAGAUCGGACUGGACUGGAUUGCGCUUUCUUACUUUCUCUCAUUCAUGCUGGAGGGGAUAUCUUACCUGUCUCUGCCCCUGAAUCGUUGGAAACGGUAUGGAAGUAUGUAAAAUCGUUUGAAGGUAUUUAUCAGAUCAAUCAGGGGUCAUGGACGAACGGUUGGGCUGUGGGGAGAUAUGCGGAGGAUGUGUAUAAUGGUGUGGGUAUAGGACAGGGGAAUCCAUGGUUCAUCUGUACCUUCUCUACCGCUCAAGUCCUCUACUCGGCCCAAUCAGACUUCCAUUCCCAAGGUUCGAUCCAAGUUUCCAACACCACCGUAGAUGUAUGGGCGGACAUUUUGGGUGUACCAUCCGCAACCCUCAACCAUACAGCAAUAUGGAAAGCAGGGUCGUCUGACGGAAUGUUUGACCGUGCCACAAAAGCUUUGAUUGCGGUAGGGGAUGCUUAUAUGGAUGUAGGGAAGAAGUACGCGGUAGGGGGAAGGAUGAAAGAGGAGAUUGAUCGACACGAUGGUCAUGAAGUCGGAGCGAGAGAUUUAACUUGGUCAUACGCUUCUUUCCUCUCUGCCGCACGGGCUAGAGAUCUUGCUCGGUCAAUUAUUACCAACCCGUCGAAACGUUGAAUAUCCUCUUUUCUCUCCUUUUUUCUUGGUCUUACGAACGAUGAAACGAAUUCACGAUCUUGCAAACCUUUGUAUAUCACCAUUAUGCAUAUAUACGUUUAUCUGGGG